UAGUUUCUGAACUGAACUGAAGCUGUGAGCUAAUCUUCCUCUUUAGGUCCAAAAACAUCUUCAGUUUUGUUUGGUCAAAGUUGAGGAAAGUUUUGGUUUAAAACUCAAAGUUAAGCAACAAUCUGAUAAUUAAAGAAUUUCCACCAUUUUUCAGUCUCUUGUUAAAUAUCAGAAAUGGCAACAAAAUAAUGAAAAGUUAUUUAUAAAUAAGUGAGAAAACUAAAUAUUUUGUUUUGUAUUCCAACAAUAAGGUGAUAGAAGACUGACUUUACAACUGUCUAUGUGGCUCUGAAGUUUCAGGCUAGUUUCUAGUUGUAAUAACUGACUAAUUGUUCUUUAGAUCCAAAGAUAUUGAUUUUUGUUUCCAUAAAAGCUGUAGAAAGUUUUGGCACCCCCAAACUGAUUCUUGCUUUUUAAAUUGAUCAUGUCGGUGAUUCAGCUGCAGUGACUCCUGUGGGUUUUUUUUGCAUGAAUAACUUAGAAGUGACAGUUUCUAUCUGAACCCUGUUGGACACGAGCCGACUGAGAGUUUUCUAAAGGCACGCGUCCCUCAGGGUGGGGAGGGGUCGCAGUCGGUUGUUGCUUUUGUCCUGAAGGGAACCAAUCAGGCGGCGAACGCGUGCCGGCUCCGCCAUAUAUAAGCCCACCGACUCUUUUAGGAAGCACAAAUUAUUUCCUCUUCACAUUCUGAGCUCAACAAGUCAUGAAGUCUCCUGGAAAGUCCUUGAAGGAAGCUCUGGUCUGCGCUCAGAGCGAACACCGGCUCACUGUUGGCGUCUAUGAAAGUGCUAAGAUCAUGACAGAAGACCCGGACAGCGUGUCGUUCUGCGUCCUGGCCACGGACGAGCAGUUCGAGUGGGACGUGGCCCUGCAGAUCCACUUCACCCUCAUCCAGUCCUUCUGCUUCGACAACGACAUCAGCAUCGUCAGAGUCAGCGACACGCAGCGUCUGGCCGCCAUCGUCGGAGACGAGCAGGAAGACGCGCACUGCGUCCUCAUCACGAACCCGGCCGAUGGGUCUUGGGAGGACCCGGCUCUGGAGAAGCUGCACCUGUUCUGCGAGGAGAGCCGGCGGCUGAACGACUGGGUUCCUGAGAUCAGCCUCCCCGAGCGCUGACCCGGCUCUCUGCCGCUCACCUGAUCCGUUCACACCUGGAAAUCCUCAUCCCGACCGGGAUGAUUCCGUUUCCGGUUCUUUCCUGGCCGCUCCUGAGGAGCUAGCAUGCCCGGGCUAGCAUGGCGCCGGCAGCGCCGCCGCCCCCACAGCCGUCCGUGCCAAGAUGAGCCUGGUUCUUUCUGCGAACGAGGCCGGGCACGCGGCGGGGGGCGGCACACCGUCGACCCUCAUUCUUUGUGCGGAUGAGGUUUGGAGAGGGAGGAGAAGAGGCGAGUUCUGCGUCCCGUGGUUCCCACGGAGCGAACGUCGCCACGUAGAAGCACGCGCAGCAGGAGAAGAAGCGGUGCCGAGGAAGAAGCGGCCAUCUUGGAAAGAGACUUUUCAGAUGUUCGUCUUCGGCUGAGCAACAUGGCAGCAGUUGCAGUCAGCGGAAAAGUUUCCCACUUUCCAGAAUUGUCUUAAUUCUCUAAAGGUUUCACUUUAGAAGUUUAACGAUGACAAAAAUUAAUCUAGAAAAGUCUAAUCUAAAGGUUUCACUUUAGAAAAUGACAAGAUUAAAUUAUUGAUAAAACCAUAAAAAAAAUUGAAUAAAA